UCCAAACAUCUUAAAGGCUCUGUUUGUUCGUUUUUUCUUCCUUGAAAAUUGACAACGAAUGAUCAGAAAAGUUGAGGAUUAAACAUGUUAUAGGUUUAUAUGUAUAGAUGAACCUAAUAACAACGUAAAAACCUGGUUAUGAGCAACGGGCAUUUGCGACCCUCCUCCCGUGGGGGAUUGUUUGGGAAGAAAAACGAAGAUUAUGUUUACAGUGGUGCCCAGGUCCAGAAUGUCAAAAAGAACCGAGUUUACGUUUUCGGAGAUGCCGAUGUGGCAGAUGAUGAGGUCGUUGAGUUUGAAAUGGAGAUGCGAUCGAGAAAAGCACCAAGGGUUGUCGACCCAAAGGAAAAAGAGCCCAUUUACUUUGAAAGGGAAAUCACAGAGGGAGACAGUUUACGGAGCUUAGCACUUCAGUACGGAUGUCCAGUCUCGGAAUUGAAAAGAAUCAACAACUUUAUACAAGACCAAGAUUUCUAUGGUUAUAAGGUAGUAAAGGUGCCUAUGAAAAGGCAUUCCUUUCUUACAGAACAUAUCGAAAAAGAGAAAGAGGAACAGGCAAGGCAGCAGUCAAGUACGGCCCUGAGCAAUGGUAUGACAGUCGUGGAUGAAACAUGUGAAAGCAGCCAUGACUUAAUGGAAAACACUGACAAUGAUUCUAUAUGUGACAUGAGUGAUCCGGAAACUCAAAAUUUGAUAAUUCGAACAUUAAGUAUAAGUGAUGCACUCAAUAGUCAGUCUCGAGAUGCUCAAAAGUUUCUAGAUAACAUGGACAAGGAUUUGUCAAAAAUAAGACAGGCAAACGACAGAACAAAUCGUAGAUCACUUGAUGAAGUUGUGUCUAUGUUAACUAAUAGAACAAUCAGACCUUUUCCAAAAAAUAGGAACAAGACAGAUGGUGCCAACUGGGGAAUGUCCUGGAAGUCACUGGUCAUUGGUCUUAUUGCCUUAGCAGUUAUAUGUCCUGUGAUAUUCUUUCUUUAUGUUAGAUAUUCUUAACAAUACCUAAACAUAAGUGCUGAGUUGCAGUCGUACCAAAUAAGUGUUAUAUAAAGGCUAUUAACUGCUAGAGUACACAUAUUCAAUAUUUGCCAGACAGAUUCUGUGAUUAACUUAUUUGUGAUGAAAUAUGUUGGAAGAAAGUAAUGAAUUGAGACAGUGGUAAAACAGGCUUUCAUUGUGAUGAUGUACAAGGGAAAUAAAUCUAAACAUUCUUUAAUGUUAUUAUAUGGAGUUCUUAUAGAAAAGACAAACGUCCAAUCAACAGUUCUCUUGUCUGUAAAAAUGAGUAUGUUACAAAGCGCUUGAAGUAAUGAUGUAUAGUUCAAGAAUUCUAUCUAUACUAACAGUCUGUAUUGACUGUAUAACAUAUUAGUGGAUUAUACUUUAAAGACGAAAAAGUCCUAACACUAAUGGAUAACAGGGAAUAGUAACAGUAUUGAUGUACUUAUGUGUUCUUAAUUCAAAGCUCUUAGAAAUUUAGGAUGUAGAAAAUAAUGAAAUUAGGUGAAUUUGUGAUAAACUGAGGGAAGAAUCAUUUGUGUUUUGGUGGAUAUGCUAAUUCUUCUUUACUUCUGCAAUGCAUUUAAGUGUAUAGAAGUAUGAACAAGUUGAAGUGAUCAAAGAUUAUUAGAAGUUGGAGUUUACUUGAAGAUACCUACCAGUAUAUACAAAAAAACAUCUUCUGAAUGUCGGAAUUCAACUUGCAGUUUGCAUGAAAACACCUACUAGUAUAAUUCAACUGAGCGAAGAUGGAUGUUUACAAAGGUUAAGUGAUUUUCAUGAGUAUUAUCAGAGGAGAGAUUACAAAUAAUUUCUGACUUUAACUAUGAUAAUUCUAUCCAUCAUUUUUCACCUUUUUAAUCUAUGAUGAAAUACCACAAAAGUAUUUUGCCACUGAAUGAUAUCCAGAACAAUAUCAUCAGAAAGUCUCAAAGAUAGACAGAUUUUGAAGGAGAACUCGCCAAACUGUGCUCAUAUGCAAGACAAAUACAUGUAUAAAGGAACUUGAUAUACAAUAUGUUUACAUAGCUGAGAACAGUUUCUUAAAGAUAAAUUUUUUCUGAGAGUUUGAUCAGAUGUCCUCAAAAAGAUAUCUCGGGGACAUUGAUACCAUUUACAUUUUGGUGACAUCAGUGUUUAUUUAAGUAGAAUGUACAUCACAUGUUUUGAGGGAGCAAUUUAUUAAGAAUAUAUCGACCACAGUAAGAUUUCUAUAUGGACUCUCCCUUUGAAAACCAUCACAAAUACUAUAUCAAAGGUCAGUGGAAAGUGGUUUUAAAAUAAUACAACAGUUUGAUGCAUGUGACUAGGUGUAUAGAAUAUGUACAUGUGACUGGGGUACAGGUACUUGUAAGUAAUUUUAGAACUACAUAUGUGAAUAUGAAUGUGUGAAAACAAGUGAAUUUGUACAUGGGAAUACUGAAUGCCAGGAUUGUGGUUAUACAUACAAUGUAUGUUGUCUUAUAUGUGUGAGAAUAUAAUGUAAGGUAAAUUGUUGAUUUGUUUGUUUAUCAUGUUUGCUGAUAAUAUGAAAAAGUUUUUGUUUUCUUAUGAAUGUAUGUGUAUAGUAAUACUGAUCUUGUUACAUGUACAUUUUAUCAAUAUUAAUUAAUACAAAAAUUAACUGCAGUAGACACAUUAUAAGUGAUAGUGCUUAUUCUAAUGAUAUUUAUACAUUAUUGGGUUAGGAUUAUGACAAAGAGACAGUUUUACAUUGGGUAAUGAAUGUAUUGACAUCAUCAAGUGAAAAACCGCAAAGAUAUACAUUGGCAGUUAGUAAAAACCUAUAGACACAUAGUACUACUAAUUACCUGUCUGGUUUAAAAACAUGAGUGACAGAAUAUGCAAAUGAAUCCUCCCAUACUCCCAUCCCUCAUUCCUCCAACCCACUUAUUUUAUUUGAUGAUAUGAUGAUAGAAGACGGAAGAAAUAGGAAAUACAGGCAAGUAGUACAGUCCUUGUUAUUUAUUUACCAUAUAGUAUAUGAUCCUGGAGUACCAGUUCUGUUGUAGUAUGUCUUUAUAAAGAUUUCGAUCAUUCCAUAUCACAUAUACACAUAUAUAUAUAUUGAUCAUAGCUUCAGAGGUACAACGACACAGUCAUAAUUAACUGACAGUAUGAUUAUUACAAUCCUAGUAUAUUGUUAUCUGCCAUUAACAUUGAAUUUAGUGAUCAUGUAUUUUUCCACUGUAUUAACAUAAAUCUUUUAACACCCAUUAUAAAUGCAGGAUAUGUUUGCAAAUAUCAAUCCAUUUGAAUUACAGAUAUUAUUCAAGCUUUAAUGAUAUAGAGACACUUGUCAAAUUUUAGAAUUACACACGAGUAUAUAGUGACCAAAUGUUGUCAUUGAAAAUAUAUCAGUUUAUUGAUUAUAAAGUCACUCAUUUCUGGGUCUUAUGUAGUGCUAUAAAGAUACAGGAAGAAAAUCAACAUAGGCAGAUCAUUAGUAGAUCAUAGCAGGUGUGAAGACAUGGGUAUUUUCUCAACUUGUUGGUUUUAUACUGUUAACACAUUCAAAGUUUUGAUGCGUUUCAAUAUUACCUGUACCUGUUGUGUCGGAUAUAAAAUGUAGGAUGUAUAGGAUUCUGUACAUCACUUUUGAAAUUUUUUUUUACCAUAUUCUGCAGUUGGAAAGUCACAUUUAAGGAAAGCUAAAGCUAACUAGUUAUAGUUAUAAAUUAAAGUCAUGAGUAUGGCAUGUCUACAGCAUUAUGUAGUACAGUUACUGUAUAUAUAUUGCUAGUUGAAUGAAGGCAUGUUGGUCUGUUUUAGGACAUACAAUGAUUUGCUAUGCAAUAUGAUAUGUCAACAUUCACCUUGAAGAACUAGAGAGUUUUUCUUCUUCCAAAUUUUCAUUUAUUGGUUUAUAGAUUAAGACAUGAUGCCCAGUAAUUUGAAUAUGGUUGUAAAUUUAUGCUUAGAUGGUAUUGGAAGAUUACACAUUAUCACUUUAAUACUAACUCCCUUUUCUGUCAAAACUAUAUCCAUUAGAUGGUUAUGCAUGUAUUCUUGAUUACAUUGAAAUUAACCUUAAAAUAUCUUUUCUUCCUUUGUUCAAAUGACAUACAUAUGAUAGGUUGAAAAAAACACCUUUUAUUACAAAGGUUUCAUGAGUUUUACCUUAAUGAUAGUUUAAUUAAUUUUUUUUGUUUUACAAAAUAUAGCUUUAAUUGGUUUUCACAAGGAUUCUGACCAUAUUCACCAAAGCAACACUAUCAUUAUUAGUGCUAAAAGAUGUUAUCUUUUGUUUGUUUCAGCUGGGUAUAGCUGUAUGUGUACUUAAUAGCAAAUUAUUUGGUUACUGCGAUGGAAAUAUCUGGAGAUUAUUUUUUAUAACUCUUUUAAGCUGAAUUGCAGAGUAGAAGUAGACAUAAAAAGAUCCAUAGAUGUAUUUCUUGGUUUUAUAGAUCAAUUUUAGCGUUCGGUGACAAACAGACAAAUAUUCAGUAUGCUGUGAUCCUGAUACAAUGUAGUUUGAGUUCAGUGAUCCAUGAAGGGUAAGUACAUGUUCUGCAUAUAACAAUUCACAGAACGUUGUUCUGUGUUCAAGGAUCACAGACACAAAUCCUUUUUUCAACAUUUCACAGACAACUGUUUCAUGUUCAGUGAUUCAAAAUACAAGUUUUGUUUACAAUGACUUAUAAAUGUAUCUCAGUUGAGUAAGCAAAAAUGUUUUGUAUGUGGUGUUUGAACUCUUUAUUUUUUUUUUCAAUUUUUUCAAUUUUUUCUUUUGUUUGUGUUUAUUUUUUUUUUUUCAU